CGAGGGCGGGUCCGGGCCACCUUUCCGGCCUCCAGGCUUGCCACCUCCGAUCCUGCACCUGGGUUCCUCGGGACCCAAAGGAGCGACCACUCCGGGAAGCAGUCCUGGGAGCGGAAGUGGAGAGCAUGGGCCCUUCGAGGGAGGAGAGCGAGUGAAGCGCAUCCUCUUGAGACCGUGGGGGCCCAGGUGGGCGUGAGCGAAGAUUGUUAUUUGAUUUGAAAAUGAGUAAGUGCAGAAAACCUCCAGUUCAGCAGAUAGCAAGCCCUGAGACAUUCAGCCCAGAUGUUCUUGCUGACAUUCAUGAACUCUUUGCCAAGAACUUUUCUUAUGGCAAGCCACUUAAUAACGAAUGGCAAUUACCAGAUCCUAGUAAGAUUUUCACCUGUGAACACACAGAAUUUAAUGCAUUUCUUGAUUUGAAGAACUCCCUAAAUGAAGUAAAAAACCUACUGAGUGAUAAGAAACUGGAUGAGUGGCAUGAGCACACUGCUUUCACUAAUAAAGCAGGAAAAAUAAUUUCUCAUGUGAGAAAAUCUGUGAAUGCUGAACUUUGUACUCAGGCAUGGUGUAAGUUCCAUGAGAUUUUGUGCAGCUUUCCACUUAUUCCACAGGAAGCUUUUCAGAAUGGAAAACUGAAUUCUCUGCACCUUUGCGAAGCUCCUGGAGCUUUUAUAGCUAGUCUCAACCACUACUUAAAAUCCCAUCAGUUCCCCUGUGAUUGGAGCUGGGUAGCUAAUACCCUGAAUCCGUAUCAUGAAGCAAAUGAUAAUCUUAUGAUGAUUAUGGAUGACCGGCUUAUUGCAAAUACCUUGGAUUGGUGGUACUUUGGUCCAGAUAACACUGGUGAUAUCAUGACCUUGAAAUACCUGACUGGACUUCAGAAUUUCCUGAGUUGCAUGGCUACCGUUCACUUGAUCACUGCAGAUGGAAGUUUUGAUUGCCAAGGAAACCCAGGUGAACAAGAAGCUUUAGUCUCUUCUUUGCAUUACUGUGAAGUUGUCACUGCUCUAACCACUCUUGGAAACGGUGGCUCUUUUGUCCUGAAGAUGUUUACUCUCUUUGAACACUGCUCCAUAAACCUGAUGUACCUGCUAAACUGUUCCUUUGACCAAGUCCAUGUUUUCAAACCCGCUACUAGCAAAGCAGGAAAUUCGGAAGUGUAUGUGGUAUGUCUCUGCUAUAAGGGAAGAGAGGCCAUUCAACCUCAUUUAUCUAAGAUGGUGCUGAACUUCGGGACUGAAAUGACCACAAAAGCCCUCUUUCCCCAUCAUGUGAUUCCAGAAUCUUUUCUGAAAAGACAUGAAGAAUGUUGUGCAUUUUUCCAUAAAUACCAGCUAGAGACUAUUUCUGAGAACAUUCGUCUGUUUGAAUUCAUGGAAAAUGGGGAGCAAGCAAAGCUAAAUAACUUAAGGGAUUGUGCGGUACAAUAUUUCAUGCAAAAAUUUCAAUUGAAACCUCUUUCCGGAAAUAAUUGGCUAGUAAAAAAAUCUAAUACUGGUUGUAGUACAAAUACAAAAUGGUUUGGGCAGAGGAAAAAAUAUUUUAAAACCUAUAAUGAAAGGAAGAUACUGGAGUCCCUUUCAUGGAAAGAUAAAGUGGCCAAAGGGUACUUCAAUAGUUGGGCAGAAGAACAUGCUGUGUAUCAUGCUGGGCAAAGUUCUCUUUUAGAAGGGACAUCUUCCAAUCUUGAGUGUCACUCAUGGCAUAUUUUAGAGGGAAAUAAACUGCCAAAGGUAAAGUGUUCCUCUUUCUGCGAUGGUGAAAUUUUAAAGACUCUUAAUGAAGCAAUUGAAAAGUCAUUAGGAGGAGCUUUGAAUUUGGAUUCCAAGUUUAGGCCAAAACAGCAACAUUAUUGUUCCUGUCACGUUUUUUCUGAAGAGCUGAUAUUUUCUGAGUUGUUUGGCCUUACCAAGUGCCUUCAGGAUGAGCAAGUUGUAGAACCCAGCAACCAAAUAAAGUGCCUGCUUAUGGGUUUGCCAACUCUUCAUGAUAGGAAAACGUGUAUACCAUUGGAAGUUCAGCUCCUCGAGUCAGCUGAACUCCUGACUUUUAGCAGUUCCUUGCUUCAUGAUGGAGACCCAGCCUACCAGCAGUUAUUUUUAAACUGCCUUCUGCAGUCAUUGCAGCAGCUUCAUACAGGAGAUGUUAUGAUUUUGCCCGUACUUUCUUGUUUCACCAGAUUUAUGGCUGGUUUGAUCUUUGUACUCCACAGUUGUUUUAGAUACAUCACAUUUUCUUGUCCCACAUCCUCUGAGCCCCUGAGAACCUGUGCCGUCCUGCUCUGUGUUGGUUAUCAGGACCUUCCAAAUCCAGUUUUCCAGUAUCUGCAGAAUGUGAAUGCAGUGUUGAGCACUCUGCUUAACUCUGAUGCACCACAGCAGAUCUUGCAGUUCUUACCAAUGGAGCUGCUCCUUAAGGGUGCACUGCUUGAUUUUUUGUGGGAUCUGAAUGCUGCCAUUGCUAAAAGGCAUUUGCAUUUGAUUAUUCAAGGAGAGAAAGAAGAAAUCAUCAAUAGCCUUAACUUUUGAAAUUGAACAUAUCCUUUCUAAGAUUCGACUUUAUGACUUACAGUUUUCCAUGUUAAUGCAUCCUUAUGUUUUAUUAAUUUAAAAUAUUUGAGUUUGGCGAAAGACCAACUUCUGCAUUCAUUCAAAGUCUCACUAAUUCUGAAAAACUAUCAGCUAGUUCUGAUCUCUAGGAUAUAUGCACCCAUCGGCAUAGAGUUCUUCCAUGUGGUAGAAUCUAUAUGCUGUUAAUAUUAACCUCAGACAUGAGAUGUGUUUAUGUCCUUGGAGUGGACAUACCCAUUUUUUCACAUGCAGUUUAGUUUGUUUUAUUUAUCUACUUUAGAUUUGCACCUGUGUGUCUUCAUUUAGAUUGACCCCCCUCCCCUCCAACUAAUUUCCUUUCCUUGGCCAGUGUUGUUAAUGAAUUGAUACAGGUCAUUAAAGAAAGGAGAAGGACCGACUCCCUGGCAAUACUGGUCUCCUUUGACAUGUAACAUAUUUAAAUAACUUAGAGAUUUCAGGAAACUCAUCUUGCCAGAUUCUUGGUAAGCGCCAUUCAUUGCCUUUAGGCCAGUGACCUAAUUUUCUUUCAUGGUCCAUGAAACUAGUGUGCUGUCUUAUGAAUAUUUUACUAACCACAACCAUUGAACUAAAAAAGAUAAUAGGACAGCUUCAAACCAAAGAUCAUGUUUAAAACAGUGAAAAAUUUUUGUGUCUAAUACACUUUUCUAUCAUGAGAAGCAUUUAGGGAUGGUGUGGGGGACCAGCAGUUGGCAUAAUGGCUAUUUUGCUGGACUCCCAUGUGGUUGACUAUGGUUCUAGCCCCGGACCUGGUGGCUUAAACUCAUGCCAGGCACGUGUGCGUGCGUGCCCAAGAU